CUCAGCUGCGUCCCGGGCCGCCCGCUCGCCACCCGCGCGGCGUCAGGUGCGCCCGCCAGGUGAGCGCGUUCCUGGGCUUCUGCCGCACUUGGUGCGUCGGGCCCCGCUACGAUUGGCUUAUCGUGGGAGGUGCAAGGUAUUACUCAUCCUGAAGAUCAGGUGACCAUUGACAUCAGCCAUGUCAUCGAGGCCUUUUGAAAGUCCACCUCCUUAUAGACCUGAUGAGUACAAACCGAAUCAUUAUGCACCAAGCAAUGAUUUAUAUGGUGGUGAGAUGCAUGUUCGGCCAAUGCUCUCUCAGCCAGCAUACUCUUUUUACCCAGAGGAUGAAAUUCUUCACUUCUACAAAUGGACCUCUCCUCCAGGAGUGAUUCGGAUUCUGUCCAUGCUCGUUAUCGUGAUGUGCAUUGCCACAUUUGCCUGUGUCGCCUCCACACUGGCCUGGGACAGAAGCUACGGAAGUGCCUUAAUAGGUGGUAUAGGAUACCCUUAUGGAGGAAGUGGCUAUGGUGGCUACGGAAAUGGCUAUGGCUAUGGUUACGGCUACGGUUAUGGCUAUGGAAGCUAUACGGAUCCAAGAGCAGCCAAGGGCUUCCUGUUGGCCAUGGCUGCCUUUUGUUUCAUUGCUGCUUUGGUGAUAUUUGUAACCAGUGUUAUACGAUCUGAGAUAGCCAGAACAAGAGGCUAUUACUUGAUGGUGAUAAUAGUGAGUGCCAUCCUAGGCAUCAUGAUGUUCAUUGCCACCAUUGUUUAUAUAAUGGGAGUCAACCCAACUGCUCAGGCUUCUGGAUCUAUAUACGGUUCACAGAUAAAUGCCCUCUGCAGCCAGUUCUAUACACCUGCAGCUACUGGACUCUACGUGGAUCAGUAUUUGUAUCACUACUGUGUGGUGGAUCCCCAGGAGGCCAUUGCCAUUGUACUUGGGUUCAUGAUGAUUGUGGCUUUUGCUUUAAUGAUUUAUUUUGCUGUGAAAACUCGAAGAAAGAUAGACCGGUAUGACAAGUCCAAUAUUUUGUGGGACAAGGAACACAUUUAUGAUGAGCAGCCCCCCAAUGUUGAAGAAUGGGUUAAAAAUGUGUCUGCUGGCACACCGGACAUGCCUCCACCCCUGUCUGACUCUGCGGACAGAAUUGACAGUUCCAUGGCAUUCUUUUCCAAUGGCAAAGUGAAUGAGAAGCGAACAUAUCCGGAUUCUUCCUAUAAAUCAACACCGGUGCCUGAAGUGGUUCAGGAGCUUCCAGUGACUUCCCCUGUGGACGACUACAGGCAGCAUCGGUACAGCAGCAUGGGUAACUUGGACACACCUUCCAAAAGGGCCCCCGCCAAGGGAAGAACAGGAAAGUCGAGACGAACAGAGCAAGACCACUAUGAAACAGACUACACGACUGGCGGCGAGUCCUGCGAUGAGCUGGAGGAAGACUGGAUCAGGGAAUAUCCACCUAUCACUUCAGAUCAAGAGAGACAACUCUACAAGAAAGAUUUUGACACUGGCCUACAGGAAUACAAGAGCCUGCAAGCAGAACUUGAUGAGAUCAAUAAAGAACUCUCUCGUCUGGAUAAAGAACUAGAUGACUAUAGAGAAGAAAGUGAAGAGUACAUGGCUGCCGCUGAUGAGUACAAUAGACUGAAGCAAGUUAAGAGAUCUGCAGAUUACAAAAGUAAGAGGGAUUAUUGCAAGCAAUUGAAGAGCAAAUUAUCACAUAUCAAGAAAAUGGUUGGAGACUAUGACAAACGAAAAACAUAAAUGGCAGGUGCCAUGCUGCUCGAGAAAUUGCUCAGUAUCUGAAGUAUCUGUCUGAUGUCUCUGCAAUGUCCUCAGAAGACAAAUGACUCUGCACUCUAAUCCAGGAAGCCAAACCUUUGUGAUCGUACAAAGUUUUGGUAGCUUUAAUCAGUUUAAUAUCAUCAGUAUUGAAGCAUUUUUUAAAUACCUUUUGAUAAUCAACUGGACUGAACACUCCGAUUAAGGAUUUUACGCUUUAAACAUUGGUUCUUGUACUAAGAACAAAUACAUUUGAGGUUUCUAAACCUUGACGGAAGGCCCUGGUGUGAACCACGUUAUGAACUUUCAUAUCCAAGGCAGUACUGUCUUCAUGUCUAAUUGUGAUCAUUAGCAUAGGGAUCUUUUAAUCCUCCCAGUAACCCUUUAGAUAACGGUUAUUUAUAAUCCUUUCUUUUUUAAUAAGGAAACUGGGUCCCCCACAGGAAAGUUUCUGAAGUAAAACUGCUGUUUUCUAGCACAUGGUUUUGGUUAAGUCUCUUUUAUCAGUCCGUAAAUAAUGAAGUCCUCGGCCUUUCAUAUUUUAUCUACUCUGUAUACUGUGUUCUACCAGCAUCCCUAUUGAUUUUUUUCUGUUAUGUAAAUGGUUAAAAGAGGUUUAUCUUGUUUUACAUCAUCCUGAUAAUAAAGAUCAUAUCAAAGUAACGUGUAAAAUUCAAAGAUUGUAAAUAUAUAUUUACUUUUUAAAAAUCAAAGUUCAAACCUAGUGGUUAGAAUUGUGUGUGUUUUUAAAUACAUCUUAUCUUCCAUGGUUUAUGUGCAUUUUUUUAACCAGAUGUUUUCAUUAUAUCAGAGUAUCUGAUUACAUUUAUAAUUCAAUUGUGAUUUGAAUUGUAUCUUAUAGAAAUGUUCAAGUUGUGUACAUAUUUUUAAGGUAUAAGUCUGGUGUUUUCUUUCUGUGACAUAGCUGUUUGAUACCAUUAGUGCUGUUAAUAUGAAGCUGUGGAACAUGACACUCAGGAGUUCUAUCUGUUGUAGUUUUAAACUAUUUUGGGUGCUGAGCCAGUUGGUAGUUUCCCAGUCUUUUGGCUCUAGGAAGGCUGAUGUGUCUGGAAAUGGAAUGUUAUACCAAAUAGAACACCAAACAAUUGCAAGUGGUGCCUUUAAAUCUUAUCACUGUUUUUUAAAAUUCAAAUUCUUAUUAGUAAAGUAAAAUUAGUUGGUAAUUCUGUGCUAAUCAAGUUGAUUAUGAUCACCUGAGCUUAGACUCUUUCUGAAAAUCUUUUGCAAAAUAUUGCGUCCUGUACAACAGACACUUAAGUAUAUAGUUUUCUGUAUGCAAGCAUGAGUUAUUUUUCAAAGAUAAGCUUUUGAAUAAUGUUUCCCUUAUAACACUCAUUUAUUUCUUCAAAUUGAAGACAUUUUUAACUUUCUACAUGCAGCACAUGCUUCAUACAAAAGGCAUUUUAUAGCUCUCAAAUUUACAAAAUAUGGAAGGAGUUAUGUGUUAGGUUUUUAACUCCUGUUCUUCGAAAUCAAAUACUUAGUUUAUGAAGGCAAGUUUGCCAGUGUUUUCACAAAACAAUUCAGCUGGGACCAGCAGUUAAUAUAAAGGCUAUAUCGCUAGACUCCCAUGUAGUCAACCGUGGUUCGAGUCCCAGAC